AGUAGCACUUCCGCCGCUGCCACUUCCGCUUCCGGCGCCGCUCCUCGACCCUGCGGGCAGGCACGGGGGAGGGCGUUGUGUGAGGGGUUGCCCAGAGGCUGCUGCCACGUCAGAAUUGUUAGCACCUGUGAUAUUAAAUGCCAAACUCAAAUGUGAAAGCUCAAAGCAAGCUGUCAUAUGGCGAUCACACCUGUGCCGAAGCAUUACAUUACUCUGCAGCUACUCCUGCUGGUAUCUGUGCACAGUCACUAUGCAGUGAGUUAAUCAAGAAGUAUGGCAGAAGUACUUAAUUACAGCAGAAAAGCAGGGAUCUGUGGCACAGCUGUCCUUUGAUGAAAACUGGAAAGUUCCCUGUCACUUUUCUUUGGUGACUGAGUACAAGACAUGGGGCCAAUGAAGUAUAAAUCAAGUGUGUCAUCAGUGUCCUGUGGGUUGCAGUAUCACCAUUCUUUGAUAAAGCAGAGUCAGAAAAUGAAUGUACACUUAGUGAGGACCUACUGUGCCUCCGGACCGAAGAGGCCCGAAGCCAAAUCAGCCAUAGAAACUGCUGUGGGUGUUCUGAACCGGAUGGCAGAAGCUGGGGCUGCUGUGGGGAAAAACUCCUUACAGAAAAUAUCUGCAACUGGCAGGAACUGGUGGGACAAAUACGAAGAGUUCGUUGGGCUCAAUGAAGUUCGGGAGGCUCAGGGAAAAGUGACGGAGGCUGAAAAUGUCUUUAUGAUAGCUCGAGGGAUUGUACGACAGGCUCGUGAAAAUGUGGAAGCCCAGCAGGUAAAGCUGAAGGAAGUUCGGGACCGCUUGGACAGAGUCUCUCGGGAUGACACCCAGUAUUUAGAACUGGCUACGCUGGAACACAGAUUGCUGCAGGAGGAGAAGAGGUACCGAGCUGCCUACUUAAAUGCAGAAGAAUCUGAGCGAGAAAAAUUUUCUCUCUUCUCCGCUGCUGUAAGGGAGAGCCAUGAGAAAGAGAGGACAAGAGCUGAAAAAACAAAGAACUGGUCUAUUAUUGGUUCUGUGCUGGGAGCUGUUAUAGGUGUUCUUGGUUCCACCUAUGUUAAUCGAGUAAGGCUGCAGGAACUGAAAGUCUUGGUGCUUGAAGCACAGAAGGGCCCAAUAAAUCUGCAAGAAGCCAUCAAAGAGCAGGCAUCCACCUAUGACUUGCAGCAGAAGGAUCUCAGCGAUGUCAUAGCAGACCUGAAAAACAUUCUGCAAACAAGGACGUCGCAGGGAAUAAAAGAAGGUGUUUUAUUGGCAAGAGAAGACAGGAGUGACUCCAUAAAAAUAGAUUCUCUUUUAAUUCCUCUAAAAGAACAGCUUAACUACACUAAACAAGUCAGUUCAUGUCUCGGGAGUUUACAGCAGCAGUUUACCCGUCUGCAGGAAAGCAUAGCACAAAUCAUUGCUGAGGUGCAGAGCGUUAAACUUGCGCUUCAUUCUAGACCUAUGGAAAGAGUAGCAGCCAGGUCAUCCGGGGAGAGUAAGGGCCAGGCUGCUGCUGUGAGAGAUGUGAUUUUAGAGCUGUGUGAUACAGAGCGGAGACUGGAAUCGCAGAUCAAGAGGAAUUCUAUGUACAGCACUGCACUGACAUGUACUGUGUUUGCUGUUAGCCUGCCGGUACUCUAUGUUUUACUGAAAGGGAACUGAUCUCUAAUAAAUUGCCAUCAUUUACUAGAUUAAUCAAAGUAAACUUGCACUGUGCUUAGACUGUAACUCCAAAUAAAUCUGUGCUAGCAUUUCUCA